AUGCCGCCGAGACAACGAGAUGCCGAGAUUGACCAUCUUCUUCAACGUAUGGACGAUCGGGUCCAACUGAUGGACACUCGGGUGAUUGAUCCCGCCACAGGGAUCAAUAAUAUUCGUACCACGCUUACGACCAUGAUGAGAGACCAACAAGCACAUAAGGAGGUCGCCGGCAAGAGAGGUGGUCGCGCGGGACAGCGAGGCGACUGGGUCGGUCGCGGUGAGGCGCUCCGACAACCACCUUUACAACCGAACUUCGUUGAUGUGGACAGUGAAGAUACUUUGUCCGACGUCAACCCUUUUGCCGAAAACACAAAAGGGGAGUUCUGGUUUCCCCCUUUUUUUUGGCAAUUUAAUUUAUUUUCUAACAAAAAUCUAAUCUCGAGCGCCAUCUUCCUCGCCUCCGCCAAUUCGAUUAUGGGUGUCAAGGGAUUUGUCGAGGGCGGCAUCGCCUCCAUCGUCGCCGGCUGCAGCACCCAUCCGCUCGAUCUCAUCAAGGUCCGGAUGCAGCUCCAGGGAGAGGCCGCAGCGCCGCCGCCGCCGCUCCACAACCUCCGUCCGGCCCUAGCCUUUCAGCAUCCCGCUACUUCCGCCGCCCUCCACCAAGUACCUCCCCCGAGGGUCGGCCUCGUCUCCGUUGGGCUCCGGAUCGUGCGGCAGGACGGCGCCGCCGCCCUCUUCUCCGGCGUAUCCGCCACCGUGCUCCGCCAGACGCUCUACUCCACCACCCGGAUGGGCCUCUACGACGUCCUCAAGACGAAAUGGACGGAUCCUGCCGCCGGCACCAUGCCCCUGUCCCGGAAGAUCGUCGCCGGCCUCAUCGCCGGGGGGAUCGGCGCCGCCGUCGGGAACCCGGCGGACGUGGCGAUGGUCCGGAUGCAGGCGGACGGCCGCCUCCCGGAGGCGCAGCGGCGGAACUACCGUAGCGUGGUGGACGCGAUCCGGCGUAUGAGCCGGGACGAGGGGGUGGUGAGCCUGUGGCGUGGGUCGUCCCUGACGGUGAACAGGGCGAUGCUGGUGACGGCGUCGCAGCUGGCGUCGUACGACCAGUUCAAGGAGAUGAUCCUGGGCAGGGGUCUGAUGGCGGACGGGCUGGGAACCCACGUGGCGGCGAGCUUCGCGGCGGGGUUUGUGGCGGCUGUGGCGUCGAAUCCGGUGGACGUGAUAAAGACGCGGGUGAUGAACAUGAGGGUGGAGGCCGGGAAGGCGCCGCCGUACGCCGGUGCGAUGGAUUGCGCGGUGAAGACAGUGAGGGCGGAGGGGGUGAGGGCGCUGUACAAGGGGUUUGUGCCGACGAUCUCCAGGCAGGGGCCAUUCACGGUGGUGCUGUUCGUCACGCUCGAGCAGGUCAGGAAGCUGCUCAAGGAUUUCUGA